GCCCGAGCUGUUUAUCUUUCCCUUGGUUGUGGUUCUGAGGGAGCUGCUGUCUCCCGGUGACAUUGGAAUUUGAUCAGAGGCUCUGGGGAAGUGGCUGGGUCAUCAUGUGACCUAUAAGUCAGCUGACUGGCUGGGACUGAACAGACGAGGAAGUUGUAAACUUAUCUACAUUCUGCACAUUACAGGAACCAUCAGCAGCCAGUGGAACACGUCAGAGGGCUUUUGUGGGGGAUGGAGCUACUCCUGGCAUUCCUCGUGAUCCUACUCUCCAGCUGCAGUCUGUCAUUGGACAAUGGCCUAAUGAGGACCCCACCCAUGGGAUGGUUGGCAUGGGAACGCUUCCGCUGCAACACAGACUGCGAUGGUGAUCCUGAAAACUGCAUCAGUGAGCGUCUGUUUAUGGACAUGGCUGAUCGGUUGGCAGAAGAUGGUUGGAAGGAACUUGGAUAUCAGUAUGUGAACAUUGACGAUUGUUGGGCAGCAAAGAGGAGAGACUCAGAGGGACGGCUGGUGGCUGAUCCCGUCAGAUUCCCCAGUGGAAUUAAAGCUUUGGCUGAAUAUGUCCAUGCAAAAGGCUUGAAGCUUGGUAUUUAUGGAGAUCUGGGCACCUACACCUGUGGUGGCUAUCCGGGCACCACACUGGACCAGAUCGAGCUGGAUGCUCGCACCUUUGCUUCUUGGGGAGUGGACAUGCUGAAGCUGGAUGGCUGCUACUCCAACUCCUCUACCAAGGCUCUGGGGUAUCCAUUGAUGUCAAAGGCACUAAAUGCCACAGGCCGUCCAAUAGCCUUCUCCUGUAGCUGGCCAGCUUAUGAAGGAGGUCUGCCCCCUCAAGUUAACUAUACGUUGCUGGGGGAGAUCUGCAAUCUGUGGAGGAACUAUGCUGAUAUUGACGACUCAUGGGAGAGUGUUCGUGGCAUCAUUAACUGGUACUCGAGCCACCAGGAUGUGCUGCAGCCAGCCGCUGGCCCAGGAAAGUGGAACGACCCAGACAUGUUAAUUAUCGGGAACUUCGGCCUGAGUUACGAGCAGUCUAAGUCACAGAUGGCUCUCUGGGCCAUUCUAGCUGCUCCCCUCUUUAUGUCUAAUGACCUGCGGGCUAUCUCCUUGAAGGCAUCGUCCAUCUUACAGAACAAGCUGCUGAUCAGGAUCAACCAGGAUCCACUGGGAAUGCAGGGCUGUAUGCUUCUGAAGGGUAAGAACAAUAUAGAAGUCUGGUUGCGAGAACUCUCAUCAUCAACCAUGGCACUAGCUUUCUUCAGUCAGCGCACUGACAUGCCUUACCACUACACAACGUCUCUCAGCCAGCUCAACAUUACCACCCCUCCGCUCUUCUCAAUGCAGGAUGUAUAUUCGGGAUGGGUCCUGCACAGGCUCGAAGUCGACACCGAGUUCACUGUCACCAUUAAUCCCAGUGGAGUCGUGAUGCUGUUCGUGUAUCCUGUGAAACAGUUAAUACAGAAAUGGGAGAAUAGGCCAGAAUCCGGCCUCUUGAAACUGUGAAGAGGUCUUUGUCACCCAUGGCAACUACUAUAAACUUUUUAUUCCUCUCAGGCAUGUUGACGCUAUGAAUGUCUGUUUUAUUCUCAAAUCGAAAGCUCAGUUGUGCACCAAGCAAGAAAGGUAUUCCCAAUGCCUGCUCUUUUCAGGGUUUUGUGGGCUUUAUUUUAUACUUUUACACCCAACUUAAUUUACAAUGUUGUGUGGGUGGUGGGAAUGUCCAGCGUUUGAUGGAUUAAACCAGCAGCUGGUUGCUCUGUUGUUGUCACAUGUGCCCAACUCUUGUUCCUGGGUCAGAGCAGCAGGGUCUGUUUGACCACGUUUAGUCACUGAAUCCUGCCGAGAGCCGCUAGCCAUGUUUAAACCUUCGGCAGGAUGUCGUCACUGAAUCCUGCCGAGAGCCGCUAGCCAUGUUUAAACCUUCGGCAGGAUGUCAGCACUGAAUCCUGCCGAGAGCCGCUAGCCAUGUUUAAACCUUCGGCAGGAUGUCAGCACUGAAUCCUGCCGAGAGCCGCUAGCCAUGUUUAAACCUUUGGCAGGAUGUCAGCAGUGGAGGCUGUUUUUUUUGCCUCAGAGUCUGCUUCCAGCCAUGGGAGGGAGUAGGGAACAACUGCUCUCUUGGGAUUGGUAGGAUGAAGUUGUUGAAACUGAGGGCAACUUGGACAGGUGCAGGGAAGAGACGGAAUGGGAUAGUUAGUAUUUACGGAAGUGACAAAGAUCAUCUGUUUCCACUUCCAUAAUUUUGCCCCUUCUCACAGCCACUGGCACUCUGAUUCAAGCUUCUGUUAUCCCUAGAUUUAAUUAUUCAAACAUACUCCUGCUGGUCUCUUAUCACUUACCCUACACAUUGCAGCCCUUCCAAAACUUCACUGCCUGCAUCCUAGCUUGCACCAAGUCCUGUCUGUUACUUGCCUGUCACCCCUUUGCUCCUUGACCUAUGUUGGCUCUUGGCCUGGCAACACCUUGAAUUUAAAAUAUCCAUUUUCUACUUCAAGUCCCUCCAUGAUCCCAACCUCUAACACCCUCCAGCAUUCCAGAUUCCUGUGCUCCUCCAAUUCUAGCCUCAAAACAUGGGAACAGACCCUUCGGUCCAAUCAGUCCAUGUCGACCAUAAUCCCAAACUAAACUAGUCCCACCUGCCUCCCCUUGGCCCGUAUCCCUCCAAACAUUUCUUACGCGUGUACUGAUCUAAUGCCUUGUAAACAGAAUUGUAUCCAAGCCCGUCUGUUCGUCUGGAAGUUCAUUCCACACAUUAACCGCUCUGUGCAUAAAAAAAUUUGCCCCCAUUUUUUUCUAAAUCUCUCUCCUCUCACCUUAAAAAUACCCCCCCAGUCUUGAAAUCCCCCACCCUAGGGAAAAGGCACCUGCUGUUCGUCUUAUUUAUGCCCUCAUGAUUUUAGAAAGCUCUACAAUGUCACUUCUCAAUCUCCUGUGCUCUAGUGAGAAAAGUCCCAGCCUAUCCAGCCUCUCCUUAUACCUCAAAGGCCUCUUCUCCCUGCACCCCAGCGCUGGAGCCAUUCCUUCAGCUGUCCAGUCCUGGAAUUCUAUCCCUAAACCUCUCAAUUGCUCUACUUCAUUCAGACCCUCCUUGAAACUAGGGUCUUUGAUCGAGGUUUUGGGGUCUCCUCCUUUCUUUUAACCAGGUGUCUAGUUUGAUUAGACCCCCAGCCUCUGUAAUGUACCUUGGAUAGUUUAAUACACUGGUGAUACAAAGUGUCUGUAAGCUAUUGAAGAUCAGUCCAGAUCCAUUUAGAGGGGAAUCUGAAACUUCAGCAACCUCCCACCUCCCCCCCACCGACCCCCAGUUAUACGCGAACAUAUUUUCCUGUCUUCACUCCUGAAGGCAGCCUGAAUGGGUGGGAUCAAACUCCCCCAGAGCCUGAAUGUUUAGUUUUAGUUUUUCAGUAGCAAUCGCUGGGCUCUUGAGAUGAAUAUGGAAGCUGGGGUUUUCUUCCUGCUGUUAGAAUUACAUCUGGAUGAUGCCUGGUAGUUACCUAUAAAAUAAGAAAAAGUUAGGGUUCAGGCUAUCCUCUUAAUAUAUUUUGUGGCGAUUUGGUCAGAUCCAUAACAAAGGUCUAUCUCCUCUUCCUUUACUCCUGAACAAGCAGAUAUGGUUAGUCUCUAUUUACUCUGUCAGCUCCUCUUAACAUCCUGAAAACUUCAAUCAAAUCACUCCUUACCCUCGCUAUAUUGAGGAUAAGAAAGUGCUGAGGAAGGGGGAUUACUCACUGAAAGGGAAGCAGGAUUUUCCAGAUGGGAAGAAAAUUCAGAAGUCUGAAGUGCAAAGAGACUUGGGAGAUCUAGUCCAGGAUUCUCUCAGGGUGAAGUUGCAAGUUGAGUCAGUAGUCAGGAAGGCCAGUGCAACCUUGGCAUUUACUUUGAGAGGACUUGAAUGCAGAAGCAGGGAUAUACUACUGGGGCUUUAUAAGGCUCUGGUCAGGCCACAUUGGGAGUAUUGUGUGCAGUUUUAGGCCCAAUAUCUCAGGAAGAAUAUACUGGCCCCGGAGCAGGUUCAAAGGAGUUUCAUGAGAAUGAUCCCAGGAAUGAGAAACUUAACAUAUGAGGGCUCUGGGACUGUACUCAUUGAAGUUUAGAAGGAUAAGGGGGGAUCUAAUUGAAACUUGCAGAAUACAGAAUGGUCUGGGCAGACUGGAUGUUGGGAAGAUGCUUCCAUUGGUCGGAGAGUCUAGGACCCGAGGGCACAGCCUUAGAGUAAAGGGAAGAUCUUUUAGAACGGAGAUAAGGAGAAACUUCUUCAGCCACAGUGGUGAAUCUAUGGAAUUCACUGCCACAGAAGGCUGUGGAGGCCAGGUCAUUGAGUACAUUUAAUACUGAGAUAGAUGGGUUCUUGAUUAUCAAGGGUUAUGAGGAGAAAGUGAGAGAAUGGGGUUGAGGAACUUAACAGCCAUGAUUGAAUGGUGGAGCAGACUCGAUGGGCUGAAUAGUCAAAUUUCUGGGCCAAUGUCUUAUGGUCUAUAGAAUUGUUUUCUUUCAUUUUAAAAUGUUUUGUAUGUGUCCUAUUAGUUGUAAACUGAAUUAACAAUUCUGAAAUAAAUUGCUUCUACUUUGAUUUUUGUACUAAAUUACAUGCUU